AUGCCUGAAGCCCAGCGGGCACUUGUUGUCCAGCCUGCCCGGCUGCUUGGGGCGAUGUUGGACUCCUGGAAGGGAUUGAUGUGGCGCGCCACAUGGAUUUUAUUUCUCUCCGUUCUCAUCCACUCCACACAAGCGCAAGAUGACGUGCCUCCCUAUUUCAAGACGGAGCCGGUGCGCAGCCAACUCCACCUGGAGCGCAACAGGCUGGUGCUGACAUGUAUGGCAGAGGGAAGCUGGCCGCUGGAGUUUAAAUGGAUCCACAACAACACAGAAUUAACACGCUUUUCACUGGAGUACAGGUACCUAAUCCCUUCACUGGAUCGCUCUCAUGCUGGCUUCUAUCGCUGCAUCGUAAGGAACCGGGUGGGAGCUCUUCUGCAGAGGCGCACAGAAGUGCAAGUCGCCUUUAUGGGCAGUUUUGAAGAGGGUGAACGCACUCAGUCAGUCUCUCAGGGAGAUGGAGCCGUUGUUCCCGCACCUCGCAUUCGCAGCUUCCCCCAGCCGCAGGUUACCUGGUUCAGAGAUGGACGGAAGAUUCCACCCAGCAGUCGAAUUGCCAUCACUCUGGACAACACCCUGGUUAUCUUGUCCACGGUGGCGCCAGAUGCAGGGCGAUAUUAUGUGCAGGCGGUAAACGACAAGAACGGAGAGAACAAGACCAGCCAGCCCAUCACCCUGUCAGUGGAGAACAUUGGUGGUCCAGCAGAUCCAAUCGCCCCCACUAUCAUCAUCCCUCCCAGGAACACCAGCGUGGUCACAGGCACCUCAGAGGUCACAAUGGAGUGUGUUGCCAACGCCAGACCUCUUAUCAAGCUGAGUAUCUCCUGGCGUAAAAACGGCGUGUUGGUGACCAGUGGUUUGAGCGACUUCAACCGCAGACUGACCAUCCUCAGCCCCGUGGUGAGCGACGCCGGCUUCUACGAGUGUGAGGCCAUUCUCCGAAGCAGCAGCGUGCCUUCAGUCAGUGCUGGAGCCUAUCUUCAUGUGCUUGAACCCCCACAGUUUAUAAAGGAACCAGAGAAACACAUCACGGCGGAGAUGGAGAAGGUAGUGGAUAUUCCCUGCCAAGCAAAGGGCGUCCCCCAGCCUGACAUUGUGUGGUAUAAGGAUGCCUCCCCCAUAGAUCCGGCGAAGACGCCGAGGUAUAGGGUGCUGGUGGGGGGGAGCCUGCAGGUGAACGGCCUGCUGCCCGACGACACCGGCAUGUUUCAGUGUUUUGCCAGAAACCCGGCAGGAGAAGUUCAGACCAACACGUACCUGGCUGUUACCAGCAUCGCGCCGAACAUCACAGCAGGACCCUCUGACAGCACCGUGAUUGAUGGGAUGUCGGUCAUCCUGCACUGUGAAACCUCCGGAGCUCCGAGACCGGCUAUAACUUGGCAGAAAGGUGAGCGCGUGUUGGCCAGCGGUUCAGUGCAGCUGCCCAGGUUCACCCUUCUUGAAUCUGGCAGUUUGCUCAUCUCGCCUUCACACAUCUCUGAUGCCGGAACGUACACUUGCAUGGCGAGCAACUCCCGGGGCAUCGAUGAGGCGUCCGCUGACAUCAUCGUUUGGGCUCGCACUCGGAUUACCACACCCCCACAGGACCAGAGUGUUAUUAAAGGAACUAAAGCCAUCAUGACCUGUGGAGUCACACACGACCCCAGUGUAAUUAUCAGGCACGUCUGGGAAAAAGAUGGCUCUGUGAUCAACGUGCAGUCCAUCCCUCGCAUGCGACUGGACGUAGACGGCACCCUGCACAUCUCCCAGACCUGGUCCGGUGACAUCGGCACAUACACGUGCAGAGUCACCUCGGUCGGAGGAAACGACUCCCGCAGCGCUCACCUCCGAGUCAGGCAGCUCCCCCAUGCUCCCGAGAACCCCACAGCCGUGUUGAGCAAAUUGGAAAAAAGAGCCAUUGACCUGGCCUGGGCCAAGCCUUUUGAUGGCAACAGCCCUCUCAUACACUACAUCCUGGAGGUCUCUGAAAACAACGCUCCCUGGGCCAUCCUCCUGGCAAGUAUCGAACCAGAAUCCACAGUAGUGACGGUCAAUGGCUUGAUCCCGGCUCGCUCUUAUCAGUUCCGCCUCUGUGCCAUUAAUGAUGUUGGGAAAGGGCAGUUCAGUAAAGAGACAGACCGUGUGUCCCUCCCAGAGGAGCCCCCCAGUGCCCCUCCUCAGAACGUCAUCGCCAGCGGCAGGACCAACCAGUCCAUCAUGAUCCAGUGGCAGCCGCCACAGGAGAGCCAUCAGAACGGCAUCCUCAGGGGCUACAUCAUCCGUUAUCGUCUCACUGGGCUGCCUGUGGACUACCAGACGAAGAACAUCUCCAGCUCGGAUGUGACCACCCUGCUGCUGGAGGACCUCAUCAUCUGGACUAACUAUGAGAUCGAGGUGGCUGCCUACAACGGGGCAGGACUGGGGUCUUUCAGCCAUAAAGUCACCGAGUGGACUCUUCAGGGAGUUCCGACCAUCGCUCCAGGCAACGUGCAGGGCGAGGCGGUCAACUCCACAGUUAUCCGUUUUACCUGGACCGCUCCGAACCCUCAGUUUAUCAACGGCAUCAACCAGGGCUACAAGUUGCUGGCUUGGGAACGUGGCAAAGAUGAGGAAGUUACCAUGGUAACCGUACGACCCAACUUCCAGGACAGCGUCAACGUGGGAUACGUGACAGGUCUGAAGAAGUUCGCCGAGUAUUACACCUCGGUGUUGUGCUUCACCACACCUGGAGACGGCCCCCGCAGCCCACCUAAAGCAGUGAGGACUCACGAGGACACCCCCGGUGCCGUCGGUCACCUUAGCUUCACCGAGAUCCUGGACACCUCGCUCAAAGUCAGCUGGAGCGAGCCUGGUGAGAAGAACGGCGUCCUCACAGGUUAUCGCAUCUCGUGGGAGGAGUUCAACCGGACGAACACCAGAGUCACCCACUACCUGCCCAACGUCACCCUGGAGUACAGGGUCACAGGGCUCACCGCUCUCACCACCUACACCAUCGAGGUGGCAGGAAUGACCUCCAAGGGCCAGGGCCAACUAUCGUCCUCCACCAUUUCCUCAGGAGUCCCACCAGAACUUCCUGGUCCUCCAACCAACAUUGCAAUUACCAACACUGGCCCACGUUCCAUCAUCCUGCAGUUCAAACCUGGCUAUGACGGCAAAACUUCGAUUUCCCGUUGGCUGGUGGAGGCCCAGGUGGGGGUUAUAGGAGAAAAUGAAGACUGGGUGAUUGUCCACCAGGUUUUCAAUGAGCCUGAGGCUCGCUCCUUAGAUGUGCCUGGUCUAAACCCAUACACCUUUUACAGGUUUCGGAUGCGUCAAGUCAACAUCGUCGGCACGAGUCCUCCCAGCCAGCCAUCCAGGAAGAUCCAGACCCUGCCGGCUCCUCCUGACAUGGCGCCCGCCAACAUCACCCUACGCACUGCCAGUGAAACCAGCCUCUGGUUAAGAUGGAUGCCUUUGCCUGAAUGGGAAUACAACGGGAAUGCCGAGCAGGUGGGCUACAAGGUCCAGUACUACCGUGUGGGUUCGCAGGGCCGCGGGCUGACCCACGUCAUCACCGACCGCCUAGAGAGAGAAUUCACCAUCGAGGACCUGGAGGAGUGGACUGAGUACGAGGUCAGGGUCCAGGCUGUCAACGGCAUCGGGUCGGGACCCUGGAGCCAGCCGGUCAGAGGCAGGACACGGGAGUCCGUCCCCUCCAGUGGACCCACCAACUUGUCUGCCUUUGCCACCACCUCCAGCAGCAUCCUGGUGCGCUGGUUUGAGGUUCCUGAGCCAGACAGGAACGGUCUUAUCCUCGGCUACAAGGUGGUGUAUAAGGAGAAGGACUCGGACACCGCAGCCCAUUUCUGGACGGUGGAAGGGAACGCCUCCCACAGCGUCCAGCUGACUGGUUUGGGGAAGUAUGUGCUUUACGAGAUCCAGGUCCUGGCUUUCACGCGGAUCGGAGAUGGACGGCCAAGCUCUCCGCCCAUCCUGGAGAGGACUUUGGAUGACGUGCCAGGACCUCCAGUGGGGAUCCUGUUCCCUGAAGUGAGAACCACCUCUGUUCGGCUUAUUUGGCAGUCGCCUGCCCAACCAAACGGCAUCAUACUUGCUUACCAGAUCACAUACCACAUGAACUCCACCAACAGCAACGCCGCCACCGUGGACGUUCUGAACCCCAGCGCUCGUCAGUACACUGUGAUCAACCUCAAACCCGAGUCCGUUUACGUGUUUCGUAUCACCGCUCAGACAAGGAAGGGCUGGGGCGAAGCAGCUGAGGCGCUGGUGGUCACCACGGAGAAAAGAGUUCGUCCCCAGCCCACCAGCCGUCCCAUGGUUCCUCAGAAAGACGUUCAGGCCCGCCAUGUGCUGCUGUCAUGGGAGCCGGGCAGUGACGGCCUGUCCCCUGUACGCUACUACACCGUGCAGUUGAGGGAGCUGCCUGACAACAACUGGACAGUGCACUCUGCCUCUGUUAACCACGAGGCUACAUCCUACAUCGUGUCCAGGCUAAAACCCUUCACAUCCUACCAGUUCAGAAUAAAAGCAACCAAUGACAUAGGGGACAGUGAGUACAGUGAAGAGAGUGAAGCAAUUACAACUCUACAGGAUGCGCCAGACGAAGCGCCCACAAUUCUCUCUGUCACGCCGCACACAACGACGUCGGUGCUGAUCCGCUGGCAGCCGCCUUCUGAGGAGAAGAUCAAUGGGAUCUUAUUGGGCUUUCGGAUCCGCUACCGGGAGCUGCUGUACGAUCGUCUCCGCGGUUACAUUCACACGUUCAACAGUCUGUCGUCGUGGGCUGAGCUGAAUGCCCCCUUCAGCAUCCGGAAUCUGAGCGAUCCAACUCUCACUCAGUACGAGUUGGAAAAAUUAAGUAAACAUAAGCGCUACGAGAUACAUAUGAGUGUGUACAACGCUGUGGGCGAGGGGCCAAGCAGCCCACCCCAGGAGGUGUUUGUUGGAGAAGCAGUACCAACAGCCCCACCGCAGAAUGUUGUCAUUCAGUCAGCAACAGCCAACCAGCUGGACGUGGUGUGGAACCCUCCUCCUGUUGAUGCACAGAAUGGAGACAUCCAAGGUUACAAGAUUUACUUCUGGGAGUUCCAGCGUAAGAACGAGACGGAGCGUCUGCGGACUCUUUUCAUGCCUGAACGAGGGGUGAAACUGAAGAACUUGACAGGUUACACCACCUACAUGAUCAGCGUGGCCCCCUUCAACGCUGCCGGGGACGGACCCCGAAGCCCACCGACUAGGGGACGCACCCAGCAAGCAGCUCCGAGCGCUCCGAGUUUUAUCCACUUCAGCGAGCUGACCACCUCCUCGGUCAACGUGUCCUGGGGCGAGCCCACCUUCCCUAAUGGCAUCAUUGAGGGUUUCCGUCUGGUAUACGAACCCCUGACACCCGUAGAUGACUCCUCAGUGGCCUGUGCCGACUGUCUUCACUCCCCCUCACCCCCAGGCGUCAGUAAGACAGUGACAGUGGACGUGAGGGGGAGUGGCCCCCUCUGGCUGAAGCUCAGAGACCUGGCGGACGGCGUCACGUACAACUUUCGGAUCCGGGCCAAGACCUUCAUCUACGGGCCGGAAGUGGAGGCCAAUAUCACCACCGGACCAGGAGAAGGAGCCCCAGGACCCCCUGGAGAACCAUUUAUCACACGCUACAAUUCAGCUCUGACCAUUCACUGGACCAGCGGUGACCCAGGACGGGCUCCCAUAACACGCUAUGUCAUCGAGGCCAGACCCUCAGAUGAGGGUUUGUGGGACAUUUUAAUAAAGGACAUACCAAAGGAUGCAACAUCACACACCUUCAGUAUGGACAUCCUCAAACAAGGCGUCAGCUAUGACUUCCGUGUAAUUGGAGUCAACGACUACGGCUAUGGCUCGCCAAGCCUACCUUCUCCUUCGAUAUCUGCUCAGAAAGUGGCCCCGUUCUACGAGGAGUGGUGGUUCCUGGUGGUGGUGGCGCUGGUGGGGCUCAUCUUCAUCCUGCUGCUGGUUUUCAUCCUCAUUAUCAGAGGACAGAACAAGAAGUACGCUAAAAAGUCUGAGUCAGGUAACAACUCCAACUGCAACGCUCUGACCCACGGCGACAUGGUCAGCCUCGACGAGGGCCGCUUCCCUGCUCUGGAGCUCAACAACCGACGGCUGUCCGUGAAAAACUCCUUCUGUCGGAAGAACGGCGUCUACACCAGGUCCCCUCCCAGACCCAGUCCAGGAAGUCUCCACUACUCAGACGAGGACGUGAGCACCAAGUACAACGACCUGAUCCCUGCAGAGAGCAGCAGCCUGACAGAGAAACCCUCUGAAAUCUCUGACUCACAGGGCAGCGACAGUGAGUACGAGGUCGACCCCAAUCGACAGAAGACCCACUCCUUCGUCAACCACUACAUAAGCGACCCCACCUACUACAAUUCCUGGCGCCGCCAACAGAAAGGAAUCUCUCGAGCGCAGGCCUACAGCUACACCGAGUCCGAGUCGGGGGACCCAGAGCACUGUGCCCCACCACCUCUGCCCCCUCUUCCUCCACUUCCACCGCAGCUCAGCUCACCUAGCCCUCAGCCUCAACAAGCCCAGGGUCAGCCCCAGGGUCAAGGCACCCUGUUCAGGCCCAAAGGGAGCCGAACUCCCACUCCCUCCCAGCAGAGCUCCAACCCCCCUAGCCAGCACAGCACCCUGUACAGGCCCCCCAGCAGUCUAGCCCCUGGGUCCCGGGCCCCUAUAGCCGGCUUCUCCUCCUUUGUGUGAAAAGUGCUGAAAAGAACAAACUUUCUGGAACUUGUGUUGAAGAACAACAUGGCAUUGGAUCAUGCAUAAUCGCCCCAAGUGAAUCAAUCACAUCUGUGUCUCUUCUCAUGUUUUCUUUAUUUUAUAGUUUUUUUUUAUUUGUUGCCUGAUUAUAUGCAGAGAAACAGCAGAAAAACAGACAUUUCAGGGCACUUUGUUGUCUGUUGUGUGGAAGUGUGCCAGUCUACACCCAUCCCCGCCGAACCGGUUCAUAAAAUACGUCUGCGACAUUUAUUCACUUUUGUUUUAAACUACUUGCAUGACUUUUGCUUAUCGUUUAUUCCCAUAUGUUUGUGUUGCUCUUUGAAUGCACAUUCAUCAGUAAUCUCUGUACAAAGCCACAACUCCUUGAAAACACGAAAACAUUUACAAAUAUACAUAUAUAUACAGCAUAUAUAGUAGACACACCUAGAAGACUAAAUCAAGUCUUUGGAAACGACAUCGAUGGAGACUCGUGAUGGAGCCAUACCGUGGAAGUGAAGCGAAAAGACUUAAUCGAAUAAACAAAAGAUAAAAGCUGGAACUUUUGCCAAAUGGGAUUUUUUUUUCUUCUUUCGACCUGUUUUAAAUGAACAUUGACGAAACAUUUCGGAGGGGACAACUCUUUGAUCGGAUAGCACACAAACGCAUCGAAUCGUCAAACAGCACGUUGCCGUAACUGGUCGGUGACUGCGCUGCGCCUGAAGGACCCUGGGUAUAUAAAAUGAGUGUAUAUCAGUUUAAAUGAAAGUGUUGAAGUUUUUCCUCAUGAGUGUGUUACUGUGGAACAAAGCUGCCUUGU